AUGUUUAGUACUCUCCUCAUCACCGCGUUUUUUGUGGCGGCCUCACUGGCCGGGCCAGUUGGUAAGUUGGACUUUAAGCCUCAAAGUAUGACUUCAAAAAAAGUUAUCUUUGCAGAGAGUAAGCAAGUUUUCUUUAGAUCCACGUAUUCAAGCUUCGGAGUUGAACAUCCCGGAUCCAGUCGAAGUCUCUAAAGACGAUGCCAAGGCUUUUGCUUCGUACAGCUUCCUUGCCGAUUCCAUCACCAAGGCCUCCGAAUUGAAAGCGUCCCCAUGUAACGAUUUCUUCAACUACACUUGCCAACAUGUUGGAGUUAGCAACUACUUGGUUGGAAUGGACGCCGACAAUACCCGCCGCAUCAUUGCAGGGUUGAAGGGCACUGGAGUAAGUAUUUGAAUACAAAAAUUGGUCAUCCUUCAGUCGGCGUUCUUAUAACGUGGUUUGUUUCAGGGAGCCGCCUGGUACCGCGCUUUGAAGAAGCAAUUUGAUAACUGUGUAGGCCGUGUGCGCAGUGGCCUCCACCAAGAUGGAAAGGCCCUUCAGAAGAUCUUCGCGGAAGUCAACGCCGACAUCGGCCCAGCCUUCCCAUUGUUUGAGAAUUCUGCCACAUUUGAUUUGGACCCUUCUAACCUCGGGGAAUUGGUUGGACUAUUGGCCCAGAAAUUCCGUUUGAACACCUUCCUCAGUUACGACAUUCAAGCCGGAAAGCUCACGCUUAACGAGCCUAAAUUGGCCUUCCCUGAGAGCUACUUCGUCGAAUCCUUCAAAGAGUUUGAAACGGAGUAUAAGGCUUCUAUUAAGGACUACCUCACCCAGUUAGCUGAGGCUUUGAACAAAGAAAUCAGCGAGGCUAAGCUCAACCAAGUCAUCGAUGAUGUUGUGAAGUUUGAGAGAGACUUGGCUCUCCUCCUUAGCCAGGUGUCGGACGAAAUCCCAGCAGCCGUUCAGGCUUCUGAGUUGGCUGAAAACAACAGAGCCAUUGAUGUCAACGCCUUCUUGGCGAGAAUCUCUAAGAACGCCGGAAGUGCUGGUGCCUUGAUGGCCGGUAAUAUCAGGAUCCUCCUGACCGCUCCGACCAAGGUUCAGUUGGUACAAACCUACCUUUCCCAAGCCGACCCCGGUACUAUCCUCAACUACCUUAACAUCCGUUUGGCCAGAAGCUUGAGAAAAUACUUCAUGAGAAAGCCCAAGGAGUGCGUUGCUGAUCAAUGGCUCAGACAAGGCCUUGGAAUUAAGUCCGUCGGAGUUCUUCCACCGGUCCCUCAGCGUGAUCCCUAUCCAAGCCUUUUUGCUCAAAGUGAAGAGACGUGUCUGCGGAUUGUUUCAUACUCCUAUAGAGAUGCCGUUGACCGUAUCUAUUUGGAUGCUAGCUUGCCCGACAAACAGGAAAGACAAGACUUUGUCCAGAGAAUUAAGGUGAUCACCAACAAGAUCAUCAACGGGUUCCGUUUCCAACUUGACCAGCUUUCUUGGUUCAGUCCACAGGUUAAGGCCGCCGCCUACAAGAAGAUUGAUGCCAUGCUGUAUCAUGUGGUCUAUGAUGACUGGAUUGAAGACGAUGCCCUCCUCAACAAAAAAUACGCCCCGCUUGUUGGAGAUGGUAAGUAAAUAACGUGUGAUAAUACAAUUCCUGAAAGCGUUUUUUCAUUCUUAUGCCUUUAGAUAGUGAUGAUGAUUUCACCGCCAUCCAAAAGAUGAACGACUUUGCCCAAGCCGAGGAGUGGGCCACUGUUAUGGACAAGAACCGUAACUUGAACUUCACCUACUCUAUCACCACUGUCAAUGCCUGGUACUACCCUGGCUACAACCACUUUUACAUUCCUCUCGGUAUUCUUCAACGCCCUAUCUUCGACCUGCACUACCCAGCUGCCGUUCAAUACGGAAGUAUCGGUUACGUCGUCGGUCACGAAUUGACUCACGGUUUCGACUCCAAUGGCGUCAACUACGAUGACCAAGGAGACUCAAACCCAUGGAUGGACGCUCCAUCUAAGGCUAAGUUCAACGAGAUGGCCCAAUGUGUCAUUAGUGAAUACAACAAGCUGCACGGCAGAGGAGUGAAGACCCAGACUGAGGAUAUUGCCGAUAACGGAGGCAUCCGUUCCGCUUUCAAUGCGUACAAGGCCGAACAGGGUCUCUAUGGUCCUGAUCCACAACUCCCAGGUUCCCCUUUGAACCAAUUUACUCAAGAUCAACUCUUCUUCCUUGGAUUCGCCCGGACCUGGUGCUCCAACACCCCCAAGAGAGAUUAUCCCUUCGAUCCUCACUCCCCUCUUCUCGCCCGUGUUUUGGGAACCAUUCAAAACACUCCCGCAUUCCAGGCCGCCUUCAACUGCCCAGUAGGAUCCGUCUAUGCUCCCACAGAGCACUGUGACGUGUGGGCUUCUGAAGUCAAGUACUAA